GUCAGAUCCACGCACAUAAAUGUCGAGCAACAGGCAGGCACAGUGAGCACACACAAACAGGGAACUCAUCCGAGAAAGCCACAUCUGUAUCUGUCUGUAUGUCUUAGACACGAAAUGCCGCCAAAGUCAGACGAUUGGGAAGCCCGUCCUCUCUCCUCCUCUCUCUCGUUGUGUCGCCCCCCACCACCCCUCCGAGCCACGCUGAAUGGGCAAGUCACGAAGUGUAUGAACAUAACACAAAUACGGAAAACACAACAAAUGCAGGCUGCGUGCUGCUUAGUUAAGUAUACAAUGACGUCACAUCACACUCACACACACUCUACUGAUGGAAUGCCUCGUAGGCGCGCUGUUCCUCCAGCUUCGCCAAAUCGUCCGGAAAGACACACGGCGCGAACAGCGGAUGGCGUCGAGGGUCGCCCAUCCUCCCUGUGAACACGCACACACAUACACAGACACACAUCGACAGACACGCACUUCCGCCUGUCCGUGUCUCUUGCUGUGCGUGCUGUGUGUCUCACUCACUCACCGUUUCCAUCUGUCCUCUGUAUGAAGUCGAUCUUUAUCUCAUCGGUGAGGCACUGCCGCGUCACCGCGCGGAGGGUGCUCCUGGCUGUGGUGCUCCCCGGCACGUUCCAGAGCGCCUUCCUGCUGUAGAAGUCUUGAAGUCGCAGCCUCUCCCUCACCGCCGCAGGAUCGUCGUAGACCUCUCGCAGUAAGGGAGUGAGGGAUUCGCGAGGGGACCGAGCGAAGUCGGGGCCGUCGAUCGCAUAGGUGAAAUUCCUACACAGAUGCAUUCAUACGUAACAUAUAUUGGCACACAAUUAGUGUGUGCAAGACCCUGCUUCCUUCCUGUCCUCCUCCCUCACCCACUCGCCCACCCACUGACCUCCGCGGAAUCUCACAUUGGAACGGGACCCCAGUCUUGAACAUCUCCUCUGUCUCUGUGAUGAGCACGUUGAGAGUCCGCGUCCACAGCCCGUCGAACAACCGGUUGCUUGUCACAUCGUCGCCCCGGAAGCAAAGAUUGAGCUUUGAGUUGCCCAGCCGAUGCAGAAACGUGGCCGCCGCAUAGCGGCCACGAUCUGUUCGCUUGUCACUCUGCCGACCAGCCCUUUUUUCUUUCUUCGGAGCCAUCCGCCCACAGCACCGCUCGAACUUGCCCAUCUUUCCGCCGAAGACCUCCUUAUUGAUGCCGUCUUUGCGCGGACAGUAAGGAAUUGACUCCCUUCGCUCCUUGCCGUCUGCGUCCAGCACUUGAUAGGUCAUGGGCUUGGACGAGGAGACCAGGACGUUGGAGCUUGUAUUGGGCCUGAAUCGCCAGCCAGCGAGGUGCUGCAGCCCCAGACGGCGGUAGCGAUAUGCAUGCCUUUUGUCCGCUUGACCUACAUCGAUGACGCAACACGAGACCACAUGCAUCCACAUAAGAGAGGUCCAUCCAUCCCGCCCACUGCUCGCUCACCCUGAAAGAAAAGGUUGUAGUCUCUCGCGAACCAGUUUUGUCGCGACGGGGGGUCGAGUGCGGUGUCCAGCCGGUCGUCCUCGAAGACAUCCUCAGGGGAAAUGAAGCCGCGCUCCAGCAGGAUCUCCUUCUCAAAGGGCUCGUAGGCCUUCUGCAUGUAGGUCAUGGCAGAACUAUACAGACAGACACACACACACGCAAGUCACUCGAUUCAAUCACUCGUGCCACCCAGGCUGGCCUGUCUAUCUGUCGACUCACGUGUGUGGCACGUUGACACCGCACUGCCAUGACCUGUUCUCUGCAGACAAACAGACAAGGGCACUUGAUGCAUGGCACAAACCGAAUCCAUCCAUUGGCUACUUACUGUCCAAUGUGAGGGUGCGGCCCCACGUGAUGUUCCCGACAAAGGCAUGAAAGGUCGAUCCAAAAACCUUCUUCAUGGAUCCUCUCAUUCGCCAGUCUGUCGCCUAUGUGGCAGCCAUACGCAGCGUUGACACGAUUUCAUAUGCGUGCUUGGCCUUCCUUACGAUAACGAUAUGAUCCAGCCCGCCAUGUCGGUAAUAGUAGGGCAUUGCCGUGAUCUGAAUAAAUCAUGGGACAACCGAGUCGAGAGGAAACGAUUCGCGUAAUGUGUGCCCAUCUGCUUACCUCAUGAACGGCCCGAGUGGCCAGUGCGUGAGUUUGUUUUCGUUUGAGACCCGUGCAAACCUGAUCCAACAGAAGCACUGCAACACAGAAGCAUUCAAAAGGCCCCUCGAUUGCUUCUCUGCCCCAACACCCAUGCACCUGGAUAGAUGGGGAGGACAUACACGAGCGCCUGGUCAGGAUCGAAUGUGCGCCACGUGUCGCUCCACAGCUGAUCCAGCCAGAAGAUCUCCCCUGCACCACCACCACAUACGACAGGUUUAUACGACGUCGGCAACCUUCCGUACCUAUCUUCUUCUUGAUCCCAUGGUUGGCAUAUCGAGGCCAUGAGCCUUCGAGGAUUGCCCUUGCCGGCCCCUGACACCUGUUGUACAUCUCCAUCAGCGCGGGCGUGCCGUAGACGUAGAACGGGACCUCGAUCUUGCUCUCCAGUGCCUCAAGGUCAGCAAAGUCUUCCCGUUCCUCCCCUUCUCUCGCUGCUUGUGCAAUGCCCGAAAUGGCUCCGCUCAUCACUUCGCGGAAGAGUGAAAGAGGCGUUGGGAGCAAAAGAGCGUCGAGAGCGAAGAUGACUGCGCCGAAGAUGCCGAAGGCGGCGAGACAGAUGAGGACGCAGGGCAGCGUCAGCACCGUCAUCUUGGUCUGACAAGGGAAGGGAGCGGUUGGAGAUCUGGCCAGAUCAGAGCGAGG